CUCGCCACAGCUGUGAGUGUUUCCGGUGCGGCAGAGGGUUUCGCAAAAGGUGUCACUGGUGGUGGUAGUGCGACUCCGGUUUAUCCUACCACGACUGAUGAGCUGGUCUCCUACCUCGGUGACUCUUCGGCGCGAGUGAUCGUUCUCCAGCAGACCUUUGACUUCACCGGCACUGAGGGUACCACUACGGCCACCGGAUGUGCCCCAUGGACAACUGCGAGUGCGUGCCAGCUCGCCAUUAACCAGAAUGACUGGUGUACGAACUAUGAGCCCGACGCUCCAAGUGUCUCCGUGACAUACGAUAACGCUGGUGUGCUGGGUAUCACUGUCGCAUCGGACAAGACCCUUAUCGGCGUGGGAUCCACCGGCAUCAUCAAGGGCAAGGGUCUUCGCAUUGUCAGCGGUGCCAGCAAUAUUAUCAUUCAGAACGUCGCAAUCACAGAUAUUAACGAGAAAUACGUCUGGGGUGGUGAUGCCAUCACCCUCGACGACGCCGAUAUGGUCUGGAUCGACCAUGUUACGACCGCCCGCAUCGGCCGCCAGCACGUCGUCCUCGGCACCAGCGCCGACAACCGCGUCACCAUCUCCAACUCGUACUUCAACGGUGUCACCAGCUACAGCGCAACGUGUGACGGCUACGCAUACUGGGGUUUAUACUUCGACGGCUCGUCCGAUCUGGUCACUCUCCAGAAGAAUUACAUCUAUCACUUCAGCGGCCGGAGCCCGAAGGUCCAGGGCAACACCCUUCUGCACGCCGUUAACAACUACUGGUACGACUCCGACGGCCACUCGUUCGAGAUUGGCAGUGGGGGCUACGUGCUGGCCGAAGGCAACGUCUUCCAGAACAUCGACACUCCCGUCGAAUCUCCGGUGUCGGGUCAGCUGUUCACUUCCCCCGACUCGACGACCAACGCAGUCUGCUCGACCUACCUUGGCCGCGCGUGCCAGAUCAACGGGUUCGGGAGCUCGGGCACCUUCUCGCAGUCCGACACCGCUUUCUUGGUCAACUUUGAAGGCAAGAAUAUCGCGACCGCGUCGGCGUACACGGCGAUCAAGACUACGGUGCCGAGUAACGCGGGCCAGGGUAAUCUCUGA